CUAAUGAGACUCGAGGUACCGAACUCGUUUCAUUCGAUUCGAACCGAUUCGGUUCCAAACGAGAGAGUAUAUAUAGUUUGAGAUAAUUAUCUUGCAAACUUUUCUUACGAUGGAAAAUCUCGCCCGGAAAGUCUAUGGCUAUACGAAAGAGUACAUUUUCAUGGAGGAAGGAAGAUUCGCGAGUUUUCAUUCGCGGAAAUAAAACGUACAGAGGAUUUACGUUUUAUGCGAACGAUCGUCGCAUAUACAAUUAAUUUCUUUCAACACCUGUAACACGUGUAUCGACUGUCCGAUGGAUGGAAAGAGAGCAGACAAGCGCAAAGUAACAGUGUUUCAUACGUAAUGAUUCACGUAUAAAGAGUUUCUAAAAUUGUUGCUUCGGUAGUAACUGGCUGCGUAGACGUUUCCAAUCAUCCGACCGUUUCCGUGUAACGCGAUAAUGCGUGCGGUUGCAAGGAAUCCGGACGACACGCGAUAAAGUAGUUGGUUUAGACGAACGCACCUACCAAGAUGUUCAGUGUCGAUCACGGUCGGAUAACGAUUCUUACGGUCUGGUUACUGUCAAUGCGAUCGGUGUUCCCGGCAAACGUAACAUCCUCGCAGUCUCACAAUUUUACUAGGAUCGAGUAUUCGAUCGUUGAAACGAUCACCGCGAGUGGGGAGUCGGACAGUCUCGUGGACGAUGUGCGACGCCAUGACGGUGCCGGUCAUAAUGCAACGAACAGAUAUUUCAGUGGUUCGCUCGAUAACGCGGAGAAGACUACGGAGAACACGUUGAUGCUCGUUGGUAAUCGUUCUAACGUUGCCAAAAUGACAAAUUCGAACCGGGUCCUCGUUCCCCUGUGUUGCCCGCUCGGGAUGCGAGUGUCUCGUAACGGGUGCAUCCAGGCGAAUGGCAUCUUUCGUUUCCCGCCAAUUUACGAUUCCAACAGCUUCGCGUUGCUCGCUGAAACGCCAGAUCGGGACGAGCUUGACUUUUACAUUCGGGAUCCUUGCGAAGCCCGUGAAGCGUACAACCUCGACCCGGACAAGUAUCCCACCGACGCUUUCAUGUUUCUCGACAAUGGCACGAUCUACAAGCAGACGGAGAAUCACAUCAUAGAGCAGACAGAGUAUUGCUUCGGUAUCGUCGAUAGCGACACGUACAACGUGAUCCUCUGUUUCGACGAGGAGGAUAACGAGAACGUCAUUAUCGCGUUUCCUGUGGGAUUGAUCGUGUCGGCGCCGUUCCUGUUUGCCACCUUUCUGGUCUACACGAUGAUACCUGAACUGAAGAACAUGCACGGGUUCACGCUACGCGGAUACGUUGGUUCGCUGCUGGUUGCCUACGUGAUGCUCGCGACUAUACAAAUCACACCGCAGGAGCGGAUCUCGAACGCCGUCUGCGUCGCAUUCGCCUUCAUCAUCCAUUUCUCGUUCUUGGCUAGCUUUUUCUGGCUGAACGUCAUGUGCUUCGAUAUUUGGUGGACAUUUGGAGGUUUCCGGUCACUGCAAGGUAGCGUGAAACAAAGGGAGCGCAAGAAAUUUAUAAUAUACUCGAUCUACGCUUGGGGUUGCGCAUCCCUUCUCACCGGAGUCUGCGCCAUUAUGGAUUUCGUUCCCAAUAUCCCGGAUCAUUUUAUUCGACCGCAAUUCGGUGAACAGAGCUGCUGGUUCACAACGAACGAAGCGAAGGCGAUAUACUUUUACGGACCUAUGGGCGUUACGGUAAUAUGUAACAUAUGUCUUUUCGUCUCGACUGCACUGAAGAUCGUACAGCACAAACAAGACAUGGCCCAUCAAUUCAAAGGCGUAGACAGUAGACGCCACGACGACAACAAACAGUGGUUCAAUCUCUACCUGAAACUGUUCAUUGUAAUGGGCAUCAAUUGGUCAAUGGAAAUAGUAUCCUGGCUGUGCAACAAUUCGCCGGCUUACAUUUGGUAUCUGACCGAUCUGACAAAUACCUUGCAAGGUGUUAUCAUUUUCUUGAUCUUCGUUUGGAAGGAUAAAAUCAAGCGUCUUCUCCUGAAAAGAUUCGGUUGCCGUGGCACUGACGUUCUUUCGAGAAAUUCAACUCGCAGCGCGUAUCAUAGUUCGGCUUCUCGCACCUGCACUACAUCGGCAGCACCGCUUCAGGAAAAGUUCAAUCUUUAUGUGAGCGAACCUUCGCGUACAGGUAGACCAACGUUCGAUAAGAACGAUUGCGCUUAACGCAUUUUACCAUAAUCGCUCGAUUAAUUUAUCCAUUGUUGGUGUGAUAAUAUCCUACGCAACUGGAAAAAUCUAUCUCUAAAAUAGUUACAGAUACAAAAAUAUGUCAUCCGCAUCGUUCGACGCCAUUUUAUUUUACCUUGUGAUACUUUUUUUUUGUAUCUUUUAACUGUUUUAGAGAUAUAGCUUUCCCCAAUUGCGUAGGACACUGUGUAAUUUGAUCAUCGCUUUCGCGCAUUUUCUUAAUUUCAAAGCGCGAUAUCCUUCGCUAAGUUUUUAUGGAAAAAUGUUACUGGUUCGACUAGUAUCGUCCUUCUACAAGAAGAAGGCACAGCGUGUCUACAUCCCCACUCUUGCUGAAGUCAGCUGAUUGGCUGCCACCGUUUUCGACCAAUACGCUGUGCCUUCUUCUCGCGGAAGAAUGGUACGAAUAUCAACAAAAUGAUAAAAAAAAGAGGCCAGAAGUAGUCUAGUCAUCGCUAAUGGCUAUCGUCAUAACCUUUCAAUUUGUCGUGACAAUUAUUCGUGUCUACUCGAGAAACUUAAAUUAAACUUUGCGCUGUACGAUUACAAAUAGCACAAUGUAACAACUUAUGGGAUAUCGGAAAAGAAUCGAACGUUAUCAGAG